AGGGGCGUGUGGGGCUGGCAGGCACUCAAACCUUUGGCGUUUUCCAUCAGAGCAACCGCAGCAGUAGCGCGCGUACCAUACGCGGAACGGGGGGGGGGCGAAGAAACUUGCGCAAUUGUCUCGCUGUGGAUUUAAUCUGUCGCUUUAUGUUAUUUAAAUCCAUCGUCAAGACCUAGUGGAACACUUUUUUGGCUUCGCCGUGCCGGGUUUGAGACAAGACGAGGGACACCCGAGCGAGUGAGCGGCGAAAAGCAGCCCGGGAAGCGCGUCUGCAUGCGGGGAAGGCGGCGAGGAGUCUUCGGGCAUCGCCUGCGCGUCUUUACGCGGCGGGGAAUUCGCCACGAUUGUGGUUGUUCCUCGGUCUAAAAAAAAAAUAUCUAUACACUCAUCAUCAAAAAAGGAAGUUAGGGUGUAUUAACUUAUCUUGAUUUGUUUGGAAGACCACUUUGCGUUAUUCGGAGAGUCAUUGGAGGCAGCCUGUCGGAUCGCAGCUUCUAAGUGCACUGAUGCACGCACCUCCACACAGUGGAAGAUUGCUUCCGGCCAACUCCUCGUUUGCCUAAAAUCAAAAAACAAAAAAGGACGCAAAGUGGGACUGGAUCGUUUUCUUUCAAGUGCGCUCAUUGGCACCGGUGGCGAGGAUAUGGCCAACUCCGGCCUGCACAGAAGAGCGCAGUCGGCUGAUGCGAGAGGGAAGAGGAGCUGAAUGACAGGAUGCCAGCGACCUGAAGCCCAAACUCAGCAGCUUCACUACAAGUGACUCGUUCUGGUUUUUUUUUGUUUUUUUUAAUACUGCCGAAAUAAGAAAGGACCAGUUGGCCAGCCGAAAGGCUUUUGGAGGAUUCCACCUGGGAUUUUUUUUUUUGCUCAUUUUAUUUCGGGGCUGACAAAACGAGGAUGCAUUGUGGAUUAGUCUUUGUCCUGUUGAUGGGAUUCCUCUUGGUGGCCAAGGCUUUCAAAAACGACAAAUGUGGAGGCAACAUCCGGAUCUCAAAUGCCAACUACCUCACCUCUCCCGGGUACCCCAUGUCUUACACUUCCUCUCAGCGCUGUACGUGGGUGAUCUCGGCCCCCGGCCCCCACCAGCGGAUCCUCAUCAACUUCAAUCCACAUUUUGACCUGGAGGAUCGGGAAUGCAAGUACGAUUACGUGGAAGUGCGAGACGGCGUGGAUGAAAGUGGUCAGUUGGUGGGCAAGUACUGUGGCAAGAUCGCCCCCUCUCCCGUCGUCUCCUCGGGACACCAGCUCUUCAUCAAGUUUGUUUCCGACUACGAGACCCAUGGAGCAGGUUUCUCCAUACGAUAUGAGAUCUACAAGACAGGUCCCGAAUGCUCUCGGAACUUCACCUCCAAUAGCGGCGUCAUCAAAUCACCAGGCUUUCCAGAAAAGUACCCCAACAACCUGGACUGUACUUUUAUGAUAUUUGCCCCAAGGAUGUCAGAAAUUAUCUUGGAAUUCGAGAGCUUUGAGCUGGAACCCGACCCAACACCUCCAACCGGUGUGUUCUGCCGUUACGACCGGCUGGAAAUCUGGGAUGGCUUUCCUGGAGUUGGACCAUACAUUGGGCGGUACUGUGGACAGAACACACCAGGAAGAAUCAUCUCUUACACCGGCAUCCUGGCACUUACAAUCAACACAGACAGUGCCAUUGCCAAGGAGGGUUUUUCUGCCAACUUCACGGUCAUCGAAAGGACCGUUCCAGAGGACUUUGAUUGCAGUGACCCCUUGGGAAUGGAAUCGGGUGAGAUAACAUCCGACCAAAUCGUGGCCUCGUCCCAGUACAACCCCAGCUGGUCUCCGGAGCGUUCCAGACUCAACUACUACGAGAAUGCGUGGACACCUGCACAGGACUCAAACAAGGAGUGGAUACAGGUGGACCUUGGGUUCUUACGAUUCAUCUCAGCCAUCGGUACACAGGGUGCAGUUUCCCAGGAGACCCGCAGGACUUACUUUGUCAAGUCCUACAAAGUGGACGUCAGUUCAAAUGGGGAAGACUGGAUCACGCUCAAGGAGGGCUCGAAACAAAAGGUUUUCCAAGGCAACACCAACCCAACAGACAUCGCCAAGACGAUGAUGCCCAAACCCACUCUGACGCGUUUCAUCCGCAUCCGUCCCGUUACCUGGGAAACGGGCAUUGCACUUCGCUUUGAAGUGUAUGGAUGUAAGAUAUCAGAGUACCCAUGCUCGGGCAUGCUCGGCAUGGUGUCGGGCCUGAUCGCCGACAACCAAAUCACAGCAUCAUCUCACACCGACCGGAGCUGGGUACCGGACAACGCCCGUCUGCUGACGAGCCGGACGGGUUGGACCCUGCUGCCUCAGCCCCAGCCUUUCACCAGGGAAUGGCUCCAAGUGGACCUGGGGGAGGAGAAAGUGGUGAAGGGAUUGAUCAUUCAGGGAGGGAAGCACCGUGAGAACAAAGUCUUCAUGAAGAAGUUCCGCCUUGGCCACAGCAAUAACGGGUCUGACUGGAGAAUGGUUCUGGACACCAACGGAAACAAGCCAAAGAUUUUCGAAGGAAAUAGCAACUAUGACACUCCCGAGUUGAGGACAGUGGAACCCCUACUGACCCGCUUCAUCCGAAUCUACCCAGACAGGGCUACCGCUUCUGGAAUGGGCCUGCGACUUGAGCUCCUGGGUUGUGAUAUUGAAGCUCCCACAGUCCCUCCUUCAACGAUUCUUCCCACCGCUCCCCCGUCAGACGAGUGCGACGAUGACCAAGCUAACUGCCACAGCGGCACAGGUGAUGACUACGAUACCACAGGUGGCACAACAAUGCCAGAGACCACAACGGCCGCAGCGGAUAUCGGCCCAGAUUUUCUUUGGUUUGCCUGCGACUUUGGCUGGGCCAAUGACCCGUCCUUCUGUCGGUGGACUUCUGAGGACACUGGCUCUCGCUGGCAAAUACAAUCAAGCGGAACCCCCACCCUCAACACCGGACCCAACAUGGACCACACCGGUGGCUCAGGAAAUUUCAUCUACACCUUGGCGACGGGAUUACAAGAGACAGAGGUGGCUCGGCUGGUCAGCCCAGAGGUCAUCUCCCCAGACUCUGACCUGUGUGUGUCAUUCUGGUACCACAUGUUCGGCUCGCACAUUGGUACGCUCCAUAUCAAACAGCGCAAACAAACUGUUGACGGACCCGCUGACAUCUUGCUCUGGACCGUCAGCGGUCACCAGGGUAACCGUUGGAGGGAAGGCCGUGUCCUCCUGCCACGCACUAAUUGGCCCUAUCAGGUGGUGAUUGAAGGGUUGGUAGAGAGAAAAAGCUGGGGAGAUAUUGCCGUAGAUGACAUCAAGUUUCUCACUGGCCUCGUUGCAGCUGAUUGUAAAGAUCCAGAUGUUCCCACUGAUCCAAUGCUCCCUGAGGAUCACUUUAAUGAAAUCAUUGAGGAGAUCACAGAAUAUCCGGAUUUUGUGGAGACCAACCAGAUCAGUGGAGCCGGCAACAUGUUAAAGACACUUGACCCUAUUCUCAUCACUAUCAUCGCGAUGUCAGCCCUGGGCGUUUUCCUGGGCGCCAUUUGCGGUGUCGUCCUUUACUGUGCCUGCUCACACGGAGGCAUGUCGGAAAGGAACUUAUCAGCCCUGGAAAAUUAUAACUUUGAACUGGUGGACGGUGUCAAGUUAAAGAAGGACAAACUCAAUGUACAGAGCUCAUACUCGGAGGCGUGAGGCUCGAAACGGCACAUUUGUGUGACUAUAUAACGUGCACAGCUCGGAGAAUGUGCGCGGGACUCGCUUGUAGCUACAUCUUCUCAUAUAUGAGAAGGCGGACUCUAAGGAGCGCCCAUCACCCUCAGCUUUCUGAUGAGGAACAGAUUCAGGAACCCAACAGGAGGUUUGAACUCAUCAACGCUUUUCUCAGGAGCUGCAGUAGAAAAAAAAAAAAGAACCUAACAGGAGGGGGACACUGUGUACAAAAAUAAAUACGGGAUAGAUGUACAGAUAAGUAGAUGAAAUUUUAAUUUUCUAUUUUGAUUUUCCAUUCAUUUAUACAAUCGGAUGCUGGUGUUGAGACCAAUUUAUGAAUAACGUUAAGGGUAUUUAUCAUUUCCUGGAAAAUAAAUGACUUUUUUUUUUUUAUUCAUGAAGGCGAUAAACUUCAAAUUUUGAAAUGAAAAUCCCAAAUGAAUCAUAUCCGGCAAAACUGUAGAUUUGCCCACGCUAUGGCAUACAGGGUGUGAUCAUAAUUCAUGAAUCUGAUAUCUGUACCCAUCUCCUUUUCACCUCCCUCACUCCAAAAUGAGUCACAUCCUUGGGAAUUUUAUGGUUCUGAUAGUGCCUUUAGUACAUAUCGGAUGGUCUCCUCUUUUGAACUGUUUUUAUCUUUUUCACUGUACAUGACUUAAUUUAUAAUGAAGGGCAGAAAACAGGGCACAUGAUCAUUUAAAUACCUGCAAACUGAUAUCGAAUCUAUCAGCCUACCACAUCAUCGUGCUUUAUUUGUUUGCGUCCGAAAACCACACACUGUAAAUAUGUUUUAAUAUAUUUUAUUGUCUUUUAUGUUUGAAGAAAGCGAUAAGGAAAGAAAAUGCGCCUUUUUUCAUUGUGUGUCUGUGUGCCAAUCGCGUAUGUGUGUGUAAAUACAAUCUCCUGACUGUUUUGUGCACGGUGCAGUGUUAACGUUUCAUUUGACAUUCUUGUGACAAUGUUCAAGCAAUUUCAACAUGCAUUCAGGCCAACUUUCAUCAAAACAUCCACUUUGUUAAAACCACCGAUGGAUGAAUGAGAUUUAAAAAAAAACACACAGAAAAAGAUGACAAAACGCACAAAAAAAAUGAAGCAAUGAAUUUUUGGCGCUUUCUGACAGCCAUCUAUCAUGUAGCUCUCAUGUCAUGCUCAUUUAUGUUGGUGGAGGCACCGACAUACCAAAAACGCGCAAACCAUUAUUUUUGUUUUACCAUUUUUAUAUGUCACUGUGGAUUGACGGCUCACUGAGAAAAAGCUAUCUGGACAAUGCCGCUUGUGUGCACUUUGUUACUGAUUCCCUCCUGAUAGAAAUCUAUUAAAAGGGGUGACCUGAAGAAUGGUGCUAUACAGUUAUUACUUUUACUUUAAACGCACACACAAAGUUGUUAGCAGCCAUAGUCAUGUGAUGUCAGAACUUGGCCUCCCCUCCGUCAUUGCUUUACCAAAGGUUGGUGACUCUCCCACUUUCCCUCCCCCUCACUAUAUUAUAUUCAUAACUCCGCAGAUCACCAGUUCGCAACACUCACAGAGGAAUAAACUGGAGAGAAAAUGAAGAUGGGGAACUCUCCAAAACCCCAACAGAGACUCUUGUUUGUUCGGAAAUGGGAGGGUGAACCUUGAGGGAAAUUUACAGCAUCAGGACACAAUAUCCCUAAAGGGGUCACACAACUCAGUAGUGGAUUUUACACCUAAAAAAAAAACAAAAACUUUAUUGUCAGAACUCGAAGGCAUCCAUCUUUUUGCUGUUGUGCGAUUUGUGUGUUGUGCUGUGGUGACCACAUUUUCAGCUUGUUCCUUUCAGAUUGAACAUGACACUUUGCUCUACAACCACACAUCAUAACAUCUGCGCUUUCAGCUAAAAAAACAAAAAACAAAAACAAA